UGUGACACGAAGGCCCCCGGAAGUGUUCGUUUCGUGCAAUGUACCCCAAAAGUUUGUCUACCUUCGAAUGUAGUGCUCAACUUGGACACCAAGACAACCACACCAACCCGAGAUGGAACAACAGCGGGAAAUGAAGAUGGGGAAAGUCAGAGGCCGGUCCCAAAACAGGCAAGCAACCCAGCAGGACGACAUUGUAUCAAGCCAGGAGAAUGGAGAGCAACAAUCAGGAGUUGAAGGGUUCAACUUUGGCUCGAUAAACCAGGAAGGAUAUACCGACAUUAGCCAGAGAAGGGAAACGAGGAACAAGUACAGAAAUCUCAUCGAUGUAGUCCAGCGAAAUAGAGAAGAGUUGAUGACUGCUUCCAACACUCAACUCUUUGAGGUUUUGAAAGAGGCAGACGAACUUUUGGAUAAUGUGAACAAGACGAGCGAAGCAGUGCUGGAUUCCAAAGUGGUAUUUGUAGCCACACAGCUCAAUGAGGCGAAGGUCGACCAGUUGCAACAGCAGGAAGACACCUUUGACGUCUUCCCUUAUGUUGAUCACCUGCUUUCUUUCAUGGGUCUCAAUCGGCUAGAAAGUGAAGAGGCAGAGAAUAGUGAAAACGGAGUCGAUGAUUACCUGACCAGCGACGCCUGGGAAAGACUGGCCCGGAGAGCUGAGGACUGUUUUAGCACAGCACCCAGCUACCACUACAUGUUAGGGUCCUUCCAUGCCGAGCCACCCACUCCAAAGCAAAGAGUAGAACGACAAAGGAAACUCCCAAGCAAGGAAGCAAAAAGGAUCAUGCCAACUCUGCUGAAAAAGGUUGAAGAAAAUGAACAGGAAGCCACAGAGAAAGAAGUGGAUAGGAUCUUGUCCAUUCUAAACAACUGUCAUCUAGCCAACCCGUCGUCAAAGAUUCCAUAUUACCAGUUUGUCAUUGAUCCCGACUCCUUUUCCCGCACAAUAGAGAACAUUUUCAACACGUCAUUUCUCAUACGGGAUGGAUCGGCAAAAAUACACCUGGAUAAAUAUAAGGUUCCUUAUAUAGCUCCUGUGGACGAGCCGGUAAUAGAUGCGACAGAAAUACAAAACCGCAAUGCAAGCAUUGUUUCAAUGAGCCAAAAGUUCUGGAGGGAGACCAUAGAAGUGAUGGACAUCAAGAAUGCAAUGAUUCCUCCUCUAACCACAGCCAGUCAACAGUACAACUAGCAUUGUGUUACCAGAGGCUGACAUUGACUGACCGACUGACCUUGGAUUCCAUGAAUCUUUAUCUAUUGAUGGUUUAUUGUACAUUUUUGCUCAGUCGAGUUCCUUUGGUGUGAUGUUUUAUCUGAUAAGUGGUUUUUGGAAUAAACUUUUAGUUUCAUUUAGGCCAAGACCGGCUACACCUAAAUUUACCAGCAAGUUUUGUUUUUGUUUUGGUAUUUAAAGUGCAAAGCAUCAUCGUAGCUUUUGUGAAAAUGCUGUACUGUAUAAAUACUUUACCAGACAUGUUAAGUGCUGCCACUUUGUGGCAAUUUUGAGCCAUUGCAUCCAAUCAUCAUUUUAACAUCCAAAUGUUUGUUUCCCAUAGUCCGGGGGUCAGCAACUCGUGGCUUUAGAGCCGCAUGCGGCUCUUUUUAGCCAAGCGGCUCCCUGGAGCGUUUCAAAAAUGUUUCAAAAUGGAAAAAGAUGGGGUUGGGGGACAAACAUUAUUCUAAAUCAUUGAUAUUUUAAUGAAGUUAAACUUGAAGCGCCAUCGUACAACAGAGUAGUCACGUGGUGUCUCAUUCUCUGUAGGAUGGACUGCAGGAAAACUAAACAUUUAAUCACGAAGGCUCAUUAUGUAUUUGUGGCCAACUUGGGAACCAUUUACUUCACCAAUGCUUCAGGAGUAUGUUGUUUUCCGCCUUGAGGAGGUUGUUGUCAAGGAAAUGCAUCAUUGGCUGUCGCCUUGUAAAAAUGCACUGCCCCCUAAGGCCUGGCAUGAAUACUGUUUUCAUGCGGGAUUGCAACAUCGUUCGAAUGGAGACGGAACCAUGGGUUCAAACAUGAAAACUGUCGUAUUCCCGAAGCGUCACAAUGUGGCCCCUGAAACUUUUGAAAGUUGGCUAAUAUACAGGGGUUGGACAGAAUAAUAGAAACACCUAACAUUUUGGCAUCAUAAUCAUUGAACAUAAUUGUUAAAGAAUGGCAUUAGGAACAUUCUAAUGAAGUUGGGCAUGUCAUAUUGUCGGCACAAUCCCCAGACCUAAACAUUAUUGAGCAUUUAUGGUUAGUUUUAGAGAUUCAAUUAAGACGUCGAUUUACUCUGCCAUCGAGUUAGAAUGGCUUAAAAUUCCUUUUGAAACAAUUCACAAUUUGUAUAAGUCAGUGCCUCGGAGAAAUGAGUCUAAUUGCUGCAAAUGGCAGACCUACAACAUUUUUAAUUGUUUUUGUUGAUUUUCAUAGGCGUUUCUAUUAUUUUGUCCAAUCCCUGUUGAUACAUACAGCAUAUGUUGCCUUCAUUAUUAGGCUUACAUAAGGCUUUCAAUUUUUGUGGCUCCAGACAUUCUUUUUUGCCCAAUAUGGCUUUUUUAACAUUUUGCGUUGCCGACCCCUGCCAUACUCUAAUGUAGUUCAGUACUUGUACCACAGCCA